CGUCCAAAGCACAACUCUCUCCUCUUCUCCAUUUUCUCUUCUCCUUCCAACAACGCGUGUAGAGACUUUGAGCUCUGAGACUUCGCGUUCCUGCCGCACAUGUUCUCUUUCUCUCUGUUCUUGGUCUUCUUCUCUCUUCGUGUAUGAUCCCAAUAAAGAAAGGGAUAAUUUCUAACAAAGUUUUUGCGUGCCAGUAAUCAGGAACUCCUCAUCAAGGAAGCUAAGAAGCAAGAGAGUUCUUAGUUUAAUGGCAAAAUCAAAGAACAAUGCAAAAAGAGUUUCUUACAUCUAUGUUCCAUCACAAGUAAUCAAUACUUUAUCUUCUUCUUCGCUCCAAACUCUGCUCCAUUCACCAAAGAAAUCAUCAAGGAACAGGUUCUUAAGCUGGAGUUUUUGUAAGAGCCCGAGAGUUUGGUUCUUUGCUCUCUUUCUUUUUGGUUUUCUUGGUAUGUUCAAGUUAUGGUUCGAUCUUGACCCUUUGGUACCUUUCUAUCCAUACCCAUGUGUCACAAAAACUCAAGGGAACUCAUCCUCAACUGGGUACUCAACAUCACAGUUUGUUUUCCCUUCGGAUGGUGAAAAACUUGGCCAAAAAGAUAAAGAUGUUGUGCCUGUUAAUGGCAUGGGUUCAAAAGCUGAGGUGGGUUUAGCUUCAAACGAUGGAAAAGGUGGUGAAAGUGCUGCCAAGGACGAGCCAUUGAAGAGUAUUGUUCAAUCUAAGCCCCUAGUGUCAAACAGACAUGCAAAAUCAGAUGGGGAUGGAAAGGAUAAUGAGUUCUGGAAGCAGCCUGAUGGAUUGGGUUAUAAACCUUGUUUAGAGUUCAGUUCAGAGUAUAGAAAAGGGAGUGAGGUGAUACUGAAGAAUAGAAGAAAGUAUUUACUAGUUGUGGUUUCUGGUGGCAUGAAUCAACAAAGGAAUCAAAUUGUGGAUGCUGUGGUUAUUGCAAGGAUCCUUGGUGCGUCUUUGGUUGUUCCUAUCUUGCAAGUCAAUGUCAUAUGGGGAGACGAAAGUGAAUUUUCUGAUAUAUUUGAUUUGGAGCAUUUCAAGAAAGUUCUAGCUAAUGAUGUGAGGAUAGUUUCAUCGUUGCCUUCAACACAUAUAAGAACAAGGCCAGUGGAGGAAAGUCGAACUCCUCUACAUGUCUCCCCUCAAUGGAUCCGUGCGCGCUAUCUCAAGCGACUUAAUCGAGAAGGGGUUUUGCUUUUGCGUGGUUUGGAUUCAAGACUCUCUAAAGAUCUCCCUUCUGAUCUUCAGAAACUUCGCUGCAAGGUGGCAUUUCAUGCAUUGAGAUUUGCUCCAUCAAUUUUGGAGCUUGGUAACAGGCUUGCUGAGAGGAUGCGGAGCAAAGGACCGUAUCUUGCUCUUCAUCUACGAAUGGAAAAGGACGUAUGGGUGAGAACAGGGUGCCUUCCUGGUUUGAGUCCAGAAUAUGAUGAGAUUAUCAACAAUGAGAGAAAACGACGGCCUGAGCUCCUUACUGGAAGAUCAAAUAUGACUUACCAUGAUAGGAAACUUGCUGGUCUCUGCCCCUUGAAUGCCGCAGAGGUGACAAGGCUGCUUAAAGCUCUUGGAGCUCCAAAAGAUGCAAGAAUAUAUUGGGCUGGAGGGCAACCACUUGGUGGUAAAGAAGCUUUGAUGCCAUUAACCAGAGAAUUUGCUCAUUUCUACAAUAAGGAGGACAUUGCAUUGCCUGGUGAACUAGAACCAUUUGCACGGAGGGCUUCUUUGAUGGCUGCCAUUGAUUAUAUUGUCUCGGAAAAGAGCAAUGUUUUCAUGCCAUCUCAUGGUGGAAAUAUGGGUCAUGCAAUCCAGGGACAACGGGCAUAUGCAGGGCACAAGAAAUAUAUCACCCCUAACAAAAGACACAUGCUUCCUUAUUUUCUUAAUUCUUCUCUACCUGAAGCAGAGUUCAAUAGAAUCAUAAAGGACUUGCACCGUGACUCCUUGGGGCAACCAGAACUGAGGGGUAGCAAAGCUGGAAGAGAUGUCACCAAGUACCCUGUUCCUGAAUGUAUGUGCAAGGAUUCACAUACCCAUUUUUCUUUGUGAUUGAAUGCCAAAUAUUGCCAACCCCAUAUCAGAAUGCAACAGAUUGCUUCAACUGAACAUUGAUAUUUCAUCGAACAAAUUCCUCUGAGUCCGAGCUGUUUUGGUAAUAUGAUACUUACAUGUUCCAGGCAAUGAUGGUUUUAAAGGAGCACCUUGUUUGAAGCGCAUGUGUGGCAGGUGUGCUUUUCUUCCAAGUUAACUCAUUAUUUAUCAAUAUCCGCCUACUUAUAUGUAUCUACUUGUACAUGAGAGUUAAUAUAGGUAAAUAUAAAGAAGAAUGAUAAAAUUUUUUACACUUCAUAGGUCAAUUUUUUCCUCUUUAGCUUUGUUUUCUUUUACCCAAUUCAUUCUUUGUACUAAAUCUAUGUACCACAGAUUCAUACGUGUAUAUGUAUAAUGAAUAAUAUUUCCAUUCA